GGAGCGCGCGGGCUGGCGCAAGCGGGGUGGGCGGCAGUUGGUGCGGUUGGAGCCCAGCGAAGCAGGGAAUCUUCCCGCCCGCGCCAGACUCGGCCGCAGCGGAGACUGGGAGCAGCUGAAGAUUUUGAAGAUCUGGUGCUGGUAAUAGAACACUGAACACUUGCAAGCUCUCCAAACACAGAAAUGUCUGGAUCAUAUGAUGAUUCUGUUGGAGUAGAGGUUUCUAGUGAUAGCUUCUGGGAGGUUGGAAAUUAUAAACGUACAGUAAAGCGAUUUGAUGAUGGUCACAGACUUUGCAGCGAUCUCAUGAACUGUAUUCACGAACGUGCAAGAAUAGAGAAGGUCUAUGCUCAGCAGCUUACAGAAUGGGCAAAAAGAUGGAAACAACUUGUGGAAAAAGGUCCACAGUAUGGAACAGUAGAAAAGGCUUGGUAUGCAGUUAUGUCAGAAGCAGAAAAAGUGAGCGAAUUACAUUUAGAGGUAAAAAAUGCACUGAUGAACGACGACUUUGAAAAGAUCAAGAACUGGCAGAAGGAAGCCUUUCAUAAGCAAAUGAUCGGAGGAUUUAAGGAAACGAAAGAAGCAGACGAUUUAUAUAGGAAGGCCCAGAAACCCUGGGCAAAAAAGCUAAAAGAGGUGGAAGCUGCUAAAAAAGCAUACCAUGCAGCAUGCAAAGAGGAGAAACUGGCUAUAUCCCGAGAAAUGAAUAGCAAAGCUGAUCCAGCGCUGAAUCCAGAACAACUUAAGAAAUUACAAGACAAAGUGGAAAAAAGCAAACAAGACGUGUUAAAGACAAAAGAAAAGUAUGAAAAAUCACUGAAAGACCUGGAUCAGGUAACACCUCAGUAUAUGGAAAAUAUGGAGCAGGUAUUUGAACAGUGUCAGCAGUUUGAGGAAAAACGUCUGCGUUUUUUCCGGGAAGUGUUACUGGAAGUUCAGAAACACCUUGACUUGUCUAAUGAUGCGAGUUACAAAAAUAUCUAUCGUGAAUUAGAGCAGAACAUCAAAACAGCAGAUGCUAUUGAAGAUCUGAGGUGGUUUAGAGCUAAUCAUGGUCCAGGGAUGUCAAUGAAUUGGCCUCAAUUUGAGGAGGAUGAGUGGUCUGCAGACUUGAACCGUACUCUCAGUAGAAGAGAGAAGAAGAAGGCUUCAGAUGGAGUGACUCUAACUGGUGUUAAUCAGACAGGAGAUCAGGCUUCACAGCAAACCAAGCAAAGCAGCAAUCUUAGUGUCCCGAGUAAUACAGUGCAGUCAUUACAAUCAAGUUACAAUCCCUUUGAAGACGAAGAUGAUACGGGGAGUACUGUCAGUGAAAAGGAGGACAAUAAAAUCAAAAAUGUUAGCAGCUCUGAGAAAAAUCAAAGCUACCCUACAGAGUGGUCCGAUGAAGAGACUAGCAAUCCAUUUUCUUCCACUGAUGCAAAUGGAGAAACUAACCCAUUCGAUGAAGAUGCCUCCUCUGCCAUGGAGGUGAGAGUACGAGCACUAUAUGACUAUGAGGGUCAAGAGCAUGAUGAACUCAGCUUCAAGGCUGGGGAUGAGCUAACUAAAACAGAGGAUGAAGAUGAGCAAGGUUGGUGCAAAGGACGUCUGGACAAUGGACAAGUUGGCUUGUAUCCAGCAAACUAUGUAGAAGCAAUCCAGUGACAAAGGAUUGUGAUUUGGAAGUACUAUAACUUUGUAAGCCAGUAUAGAACAUGUUGCUCACAAUAAGGAGAACUGAAUGAUUUACAGAAUGUAUAUAUUAAUGCAAAAGGAAUGAUGGACUGAUAUUGACUUUAUGAUGUGUUGGAGACAAAAACUAGAACUUGCAAUUUGAAAACAAAUUUCCAUUGUGUACAAACUGCAAAACAAAAGGAUCAGAUUGAAAAAUAUAGUACAACAAGGAAAUUACUCUUUAGCUUCUUUCCUAUCUAAUCUGUGUUAAUAUAAUUUUUGCAUUUUCUGUUCUGGUGCCCUAUCCACUCUGGGUAUAUGGCUAUCUUGAUUUUUCAUUUAAUCAGUUAUUUUAAGUGACCUUCAGUAAUUUUCAACUUGGACUUUUAAGACUGUUGAUUUUCUGUUCGUUCUUAGCAAUGUCUGACAGAUGCAGUAUUUUUUUAUUUAAAUCCUACCUAGGUAAGCACCUUUUUUAUGCUUUGAUUUAUCAAUUAAUACUUAAAUUAUGACUGAAUGAUUCACCUGUCAAGUGAAUGAGAACUUUCCAUGCUGUAAUGUUAAUCUUUCCAUGCUGUCAUCAUGGAUUAAAGUUGUAAAACUAGUAUUGUAUUUAAUGUCUGUUACGGAAAAUUGUUUUGUAGCAGCUAUAUCUGCAUAUAUUAUGGUUGGAUUUCUAUUGCGAAUGCUAUUUAUGCAUUUUGACAUUUAAAUGUGAGUUUCCCAAAUACACCUUAAAUUGCACUCUAAAAGAAAAACAGAAUAUUUAAAACUAUUUCAGUCAUACUCUUGCUGAGAAAUUUAACCUUCUGUAUUAAUGAUAUCAGUUAUUUGAAAGAUUAAAUAUGUAUGAAGACUAAUUUUUCAAGCAAAGGAGACUGAAAAAUAGAGGCUCUUUAUGUUGUGUAUAUGUGUAUAUAUAAUUUGAUAUACAGAAUUUAAAGUGUCCACUGUUAAUUUUGUGAGCCUUCUGUUGAUUAGAUUCCGCUUAAAAUCUUAAAUUAUAUGGAUAUUUAAAUCUGCAUUAUUUCCUAUUGUGCAGUGUCAUAGAGCCAAAUAUUCUGUGAUUCAGACUCUCAGAAAUCUAGUAAAUACAACAGUAUAUGCUAAAACUGUAUUGGUUGGUAAAUUGUGGAUUCAAAUAUAAACUAGCUUUAGUAGUCCCUGUGUGGACUAUUGUAGCAGAACACUGUAAAGUCUUCUACAUUUUGUUUGCAGCUACAACUCGGUCAUAUGUAAUAGUGUCAAAUAGUAUAUAUUUGUGACAUUUAAAGGCUGGGUUAUACUUGUUGCAGGUUUUUGACUUUAAAUCUUAUCAGGUGAGUCAAAACGCUAUGUUAGAAAGCUACAUUGUAAUCAAAUUAAGAAAUCUAUUUUCAUGUAAUUGAAACACAAUAGGUGUUCCUUAGCUAUACAAUUUGCUUUUUGAAAUCAUAGAUAUCUAUUUAGUCAGUAGUUUUGAGUCGAAAUGUACAAGUUUAGGAAGUGUAUGUCUGCCAUAAGAAUUUACCAUCCACAAGAUAAAGACUUAGCAAAAACUGUCAAGAAUUUGAGGUCUUGGUCUUUGUAUUCUAAAAUAUUUUAGUAAAAUAAAAUCUGUUAAUCUCUUAAAUGAACCUCUGACUUAUUAGUGGAAAAAUUCUAUGCAUUUCUCUGCAACUUGAGAUGGGUAACCAAAAUUGAUUUGAGUCUACAAAAUUCAUAAACUCACUCUUGAUAUGAACAGAAGCUGUCUCUUGGGUAAAGAAGGAAGCAUGGCACCAAAUUUAGAUGGCAUUUCCAAAAGCUUGUAAUGAAACACAUUUGUAGAAUGGGAGAGGGUUAAUUAUUGUUUCAAUGUAACUACAUCUGUCUACAAGACAGGUGAUGUCUAAGUCUGUAUCAAGGUAUGUGCUUGUUAAAUAAAGUUAGUUCAACACAUCAGGAUUCAG